AUGACCACGAAUUACAAAAUGAGAACUGCAUUUUCCUAUCUCGAUGAAAAUUUGAACAGCAGCUCGUACAGUGAAAAUGAAAAAAUUUUCCUAAAGAACAACAUAGACUGGAACAAAAUAAGCGUAUUAAAAUGUAACAAGAAGAAAAAUGAAGAGAGCAGCACCUGCAGCAGCAGCGUCGGUAUCGUUAUGGAUAUGGGCAGUGGUAACAACAACUAUGCUGACAGUGCCAACUACGAGGGUAGCAUAAAUUACAAAAAUCAGCAAAAGUUCAAAAAUAGUUUCUAUUCGGGGGACGUAAGUCGGAAGGACAAAAGUGUUUUAAGGAAAAGGAAGUACAGCCACCUAUCUGAAGAGUAUGAGAAAAGGAAAAGAAAGUUGUCAUCGUUGGAUCUGUUCAAGGAGUCCAAUGAUGGUUGUGAUUAUGGAGGUGAAUAUGGCGGUGAAUAUGGCGGUGAAUAUGGCGCGUCGCACGGAGAACAAAGUAAAGACCACUUUAAAAACAAAUACGAUUUUGACUUUUUCGAGAAUUACCUAAAUGUCUACCUGAGUAAAGGCGGCAUCGCCGGUGGGGUGACCAAGGGAAAGAUCCCCAAGCAGCAGAUGCAGCAGGAAGAGGAUCAUGAUGAUGAUGAGGAAGACGUUUUGGCCAACAUCCAAGUGACCAAAGAUGGGAACCGCAGCGCAGAGUGGGACGAGGAUUUCUCGAACGCCGACAAAAGCGAGAGUAGCCAAGUGGAGGGGAAAUACCAAAUUGAUAAAAUCUACGGCACCUACUUCGAAAAUGUCGAAACUUCCUUGAUCCUAACGAGGAACAUGAAAAAGAGCUAUAAAAAUUUUAUACAGAAUGAAAAGAAAAAAAAAAAAGAUCAAGCAGAAGGGUAUGCGAACGAGUUGGAUGGAAAUGUCUAUACAAGUAUGCUCCAGGGGAACAUGUUACUGUGCCCAGAUGACAUGGGGUUGAACUGUGCCCUGGAAGAGGAGGGAACCUUGGAGGAAGAAGAGGAAGAGGAACUGGAAGUAGAAACGAAAUGGGAAAAGAAAGAUGAAGUAGAAGGGGAAGAAUAUUUUAACAACACACCGAAGAUUUUCCCGACUCAUGACGCCAACGAUUUUAAGGGAGUUCUUGACAUGCUUAAUGGCGCACAUGAAAAGGCCAAAGAGGGGAAUAAGUGCAGUGAUAGUAAAAAUCAGGAGGCACUAAGUAAAAAAUUAGACGGUGAUUAUAAUUACACAUGCAAUGACGAGCAGAAUGACCAUUCAUUCCAUGGUGGUAGAUUGGGCCAGCAACAAAACAGCAACAAUGACGAUGGCCAUAGCGGGGGAGAGGCCCAACCUACGGAUGGACAACGAUAUGUAACAGAACUGGAAAAGGGAAUACAAUUUUUUACGCCUUACCAAACCGUCGAUAAGAGGAAUCUCGUAAGUACGUUCAAAGGUAACGAAGACGAAGCGGAGGGACUAGUCAAUAAGCACAUUCCAGCCAAAGGGAAGAAACCGAAUAAGACGCCUUACAAGAAAGGUAACAUAUCAGUACCAGAAGAAAAAAUAAAUGUGAAUGAAGAAAAAGAGAAAGGAUUGGGGGAAGAUAAAGAAACACAUGACAGCGACAGUGAAAAUAGGAAUGUUCUGAAAUCCUUCGAUGAUUUGGAUCAUGCACCGAUAAGCGGAAGUCAGAUGGAGAAGGAAAAUUUAGAAGAGUGCAAUGGCGCUGCGAUGGAGAAAAGGCGUUUCCCCGUCGUACGUCAGGAGGAGCAGGAGGUGGAGGAGGACAAUCCGAUGGGGACCAAACACAGGGAGAGCGCAUCACUACGUUUAGUUUCCAAUACGACGGGUUCUGUUAUCAGACCCACGGGUCCAUUUUCCAAACACAAAGAUACAAUUACCAAGCGCCUAGGUACGAUUAAGAAACCUGUAGGUGCCGUCAACCAAGAAAUAAAUGAAGCUGGGCCAAGAGAAAGGAAGGAAAAAGAAGUUCGCAAAAACUGUCCAAUAAAAGUGGAAGUGCCAGAAGAGAACAGUGAAGUUAAUUCACCAGCAAUAAUGGUUAGAGUCAAACGGGAAAACUGCGAGGAUGGCAUUAGGGAAGCGGGAAUAUCAGCAGACACUAACGCGAGAAAAACGAAUAAGCAGAAGGAAAAUUUUGGAACAAUUAACAUAAAGAUGGAGAUGGAGGUGAGCGGGAUGCCCAUAAAGACGGAGCCCAGGGAAAUCCCGCAGAUGAAUAAGGAGAUCGAGGGGGAGCAACCUAACGAUGGGGAGCAACCUAACGAUGGGGAGCAACCUAACGAUGGGGAGCAACCUAACGAUGGGAAGCAACCUAACGAUGGGGAGCAACCUAAGGAGGGAGAGGAGCCUACCGAAAGGCAACAGCCUAAGGAGGGGGAGCAACAUGAGGCGUCGCCAGUCUUGACGCAAAGUACACCACUGAAUGUGUCUCAGAGCGGAGACGCCAGUCAGUGUCCCAAAACAGUUGUCCAAAUGGCUAGCAGCAAAACGAGAGGCAGGGCUAGAGAAAACAGCAGCUCCCAAACACGUACCAACGUGCAAAGUAAAAGGAGAAACAUGUUUUAUGAAAAUAUGUCGAGCAGAUUUUCGAGAUUUUUCUUUUUUUCUUCCAAGAGAGGUAACACUAAUGAAGGGGAAGGCAACUCGGACAGUGAAUGGGAGAGUCAAGACAGGAAAAGUGAUAGUGACGACGACAGCGAGAAGAAUGGAGAGACAAGCGAAAGUGACGAGGGUGAGCAGAAGGAAGAGAGCGAAUCGAAUGAUCCCAAUGAAGGACCCACAGAUGAGCCGCUUUACUCGACGGAACAACUACAAGAGGACGGUGCCCAAAUGAUUAGCACCGCUCAGUUGAAAGAUGUCGUGGGGGAAGGCGAUGACGUCAAUGAUGAGCAUAUGCCCGGUGAAGGAAAAUCAGGUGAGGGCAAUGAAAAUUUGCAAACAUAUGAAAACAGGGAUGGUGGCAAUAGGAAGGUUGGUGAGGACACUGGUUGCAGGUACCUGACCCGCAGGAUGAGACGAUCCGAGAGGCUGAUGGGGACCAACAAAGUUACCGAGAGAAAAGUAAUCACUGUGAAGAAAGAACCACUCGACCCAGCCAACCUAACAGAAAAUGAAACAAGGACAUGCAACGUAUGCAAGACCGUUUUUAAAAACAGAAAAUUAAUGAAAAGACAUAUGAUGAGCGUCCACUCUGAAGAAAGGCCAUUCGAGUGCGAAAUUUGUCUCAAGCGGUAUAAAAGAGCGGACCACUUGAAAUUGCAUCGGCUAAAUCACAACCUAAAUAAACAGCCCAAGAAGUUCCAGUGUUCCAUCUGUCAAAUGUUUUUCCAAACGUCCAGACAGUUAAAAAAUUGCACGUUGAAGCAUAUGAAGUGCUCCAUGCGUAAGGAUGUCGCGGAGAGGGCGAUGAGUAGGCGAAGGCGUGGUGUGUCAGCGGUAGGUGCAUCUGCGUCAGAUGAGGAUUUCCAUGAUCAUCAGCUGGAAGGCGCGGUAGACGAGGUAGGUAAUCAUGGGGAGGGCCAUUCGCACGGAGGGGAAAACGACGCGAGUGGUGAGACAAUCCAAAGCGGUGAAGAGCAUGAACAGAGGGAGAGCCACACUGUUGUUAGCGAGAGCGGCACAUGGAGAGGCGAUACUGCCCCGGAACAGGCGGGUACUGAGCUCUGCGCGGAGCGGGAAGAAAUGGACAAGCGUCAAGUCGAAAAGGACAGGCGACAAAUUGAAGCUCACGAGCAGCAGGCGAACGCGGAACAACCGUGGGAAGUGAAGAGGGAGAACUCCACCCCAGGUAGCAUUUCUGUCGAAAUUCGAACGUGCCACGUGUGCAGUAUGGUUUUUGCAAAUAAAAAAUUAAUGAAAAGACACCUGAUGAGUGUGCAUUCAGAAUCAAGACCAUACAAAUGUCACCUUUGCAUAAAAACGUACAAGCGCUCGGAUCAUUUGAAGAAUCAUAUCUUAUCCCAUAAAGAUAAUAAAGACAAAAUAAAAUACACUUGUUCCAUUUGUCAGUCUACCUUUGACACUCCCAAAGAAUUAAGAGCGCACAAGGUAAGGCACUACAAAUGUCCAUAUGAAAAUUGCUCCUACUCCUAUUCUACCAUCGCCAAAAUGAAGUAUCAUUUGAAUAAGCACAGAUGUAACCUCUUCUAUUCAUGUCCCGUGUGUGCCCACAAAUUUCUCAUUUAUAAAGAGUUCAUACAACACAAGAAGACCUGCUUCAAGAAGAAGUACGUCUGCCUGCAGUGCAACAAAAUAUAUUUACAUGUCAAUGGUUACAACAAGCAUGUACGGAGAGUCCAUUUGAAUAUCAUUCAGAACUACAAAUGUACCAUGAACAACUGUGGCAGGGAAUUUUCUUCUGAAUUCAGCUUGAAGGAGCACAUAAUAAAUUUCCAUCAUCGGGUGAAGCGCUUUUUCUGCUCCAAGUGCAACAUGUCCUUUGGCUACAGGAGCUCCUUUCGCCGCCACAACAUUAAUAUACACCCGUGA